GAGAUUGUCAACUUUUGUGAUCAAGUCUAACCAAAUUGUCCAAAUUAUUACCUAUCUUUAUAUGAGAAGUUACUAAAACAUUGAAUAAUUACAUAAACUCUUGUUUAAAAAGUUACUGUUGUGUAUUUUGGUCAAAGUAUGGCUUUACAUUCAGCAGCUAAGGGUAAAUUACUGGCAGUAAUUGGAGAUGAGGAUACUUGUGUUGGAUUCCUACUCGGUGGUGUUGGUGAAAUAAACAAAAAUCGACAGCCCAACUUCAUGGUGGUUGACAAGAACACAAGUGUCAGUGAAAUUGAGGAAACGUUCAAGCGCUUCAUCAAGCGGGAUGAUGUGGAUAUCAUCUUGAUUAACCAGAACGUGGCAGAACUGAUCCGCCAUUGUAUUGAUGCACACACUCAGCCGGUCCCCGCAGUGCUGGAAAUCCCCUCCAAGGAUCAUCCUUAUGAUGCCAGCAAGGACUCCAUUUUGCGCAGGGCUAAGAAUAUAAAUAUGGAUGACAUGGACUGAAGAAUCGUCGCUCGAAAAAAUCAUUUUUGUUAAAUUGGAAUGUUCAACCCCGAAGACAUGCAUUAGACCUUCGAUCGAACCAUUCAGAAGAAAUGGUUUUAAUUGGUAAUUGGAAGUGCUUAUUAUUUGUAAGAAACAUGUAUGUAAAGUGUUCAAACAUAUAGAUAAUUUUAUUGUUUUAUGUUCAGUAUUAGUACUAUUUCCUGCAUCUUACAAAUUGUUAAAUUCUAAAAGUUAUGUCGCUGAAAAUAUUUUGAUUUUGUAUAUUUAUUUGUAGAUUAAAUAUAUUGUAAAAGUGUUUUCCUAUUUGGUAAUGUUUUGAUUGAUUCAAUGGUACUUAUGUCAAUAACACAAACCAUUCCAGAUGUUUGUAUAUUACCUUAGAGAUUGUAAAUGAUGUUAUUAAACUAAUAUAAACAUUUACUCGUA